AUGGUAGACAAUAUAACAUCUAUCACAGAGUUCAUCCUACUGGGAUUUCCCCUUGGCCUGAGGAUUCAAAUUCUUCUCUUUGGACUCUUCUCCCUGUUCUAUGCCUGCACCCUGCUAGGGAAUGGGGUCAUCUUGGGGCUCAUCUCACUGGACUCCAGACUGCACACCCCCAUGUACUUCUUUCUCUCCCACCUGGCCAUCGUCGACAUAGCCUAUGCUGCAACACUGCCCCAGAUGCUGGUGAACCUCCUGAAGCCAGACAAGCCCAUCUCCUUUGCUUGCUGCUUGUCACAGACCUUUCUCUUUUUGACAUUUGCUGUCACAGAAUGUCUUCUCCUGGUGGUGAUGUCUUAUGAUCGGUAUGUGGCCAUCUGCCACCCCCUCCGGUAUUCUGCCAUUAUGAACUGGAGAGUCUGUAUCACCCUGGUGUUGACUUCUUGGACCAUUGGAGUCCUCCUGUCUUUGAUUCAUCUCAUGUUACUUCUACCUUUACCCUUCUGUAGAUUCCAGAAAAUCAAUCACUUUUUCUGUGAAAUCAUGGCUGUUCUCAAACUUGCCUGUGCAGAUACACACAUCAAUGAGAUUGUGGUAUUGGGUGGAGCAAUUUCUGUGCUAGUGGGACCCUUCACCUCAAUUGUAAUCUCGUAUAUGUGUAUCCUCUGUGCCAUCCUUAGAAUCCAGUCUGGGGAAGGUCAAAGAAAAGCCUUCUCCACUUGCUCAUCCCAUCUCUGUGUGGUUGGACUCUUUUAUGGUACAGCCAUUAUAAUGUAUGUUGGGCCCAGGUAUGGGAACCCCAACGAGCAGAAGAAAUACCUCCUCCUGUUUCACAGCCUUUUCAAUCCCAUGCUCAACCCUCUUAUCUAUAGUCUCAGGAACUUAGAAGUGAAGAAUGCCUUGAAGAGAGUGCUGGGAAUUGAGAGAGACUUAUGA